UUGUCAUUUUGUUUUGACAAGUGUGAUGUCAUGCAAAAUGUAAAUAUUAGGUGUGCGAUUUUGCGAAUUAAUAAUCGGCAUUCAAAAUGAAAUAGUUAAUAAUUAAUUGUUCAUUUUAGUUACAUAUACUGAAUAAAUAACAGUUUUGGAUGAACUGGCACUGCAAUAUCCAAAAUAAUGCCAUCGGGAAGAAAGCGAUGGAAUCUGCAUGAUGGACCACAAGGCUCCCUGAGGAGGCUGCGGAAUCAGCUCGCUGAGGAUGGGUGUGCAGAGUCUCAGGUUGUCUUAGCCAAACAGUUGUUGGAAGAAAAAUGUGAACUGGAAGCAGAUAAAAUAUCAAACUUCAAACAGGCCCUGGAGUGGCUAAUUUGUGCUACCGAGCAGGCACAUCCGGAAGCUAGGAGAAUGCUUAGAAGGUGCGUGCGCUCCGGCGUCAUCGACGAGGCCAGCGCGCCCAUCGUGCGCGCCAAGGCGUGCCUGGCGGCCAGCCGGCAGGAGACCGUCGCCAGGAAAGCGGCCAGGGACCUGUUCGCCAGUCUGUCGAACGGCGAGCAGUACAUCACCACGGCGCAGCUGGAGCGCCGCAUCCGCGAGAUCUGCUGCUGCACGCUGAGGAAGGAGCCGGACGACGACGCCAUCGAUGAUGAAGCACCAGAAGAAGCGCGAGCCCUCGACGGCGAGCAGGCGCUGGAGCCCUCGCAGCUGCAGUCCGGUGACCACCUGCACUCCAAUGGCACCAUCCGCACACACGACACAGACGAUGAUUACACCGACAGACCGACACACAGCGACGACAUCCGCAACCUCACCGUCGACAACCUGGUGUCGGCCGCCGUCGACUACUGCCAGGGGGAGCUGCCGCUCGUCAGCCGCGAGCUCACGCUCACCGACCCCAGCGCCAAGGCCCUGGACCACAUCCCCGCGCUGCACCGCGCCUUCCUCCACCCGCUGGUGUUCGUGCAAGUCCUGUAUUUGAAACUGCUCUACUACUUGGGCUCCUUCUCCUUCCGGCUCUCCAACAUCGAACUCUCUCUCCUCCUCGUGGCGUAUCUGUCUGUCGGCACGGACGGCCUCUACCACUUGGUGCCGUUGGUUCUGUACUAUUCCAGCACAAUCGUCAUGACCGUCUGCACCUUCAAGAUGCUGCUGGCGAAGCGUCAGUUCGUCGACUUCCGCAAGUGGUCCGGCCUGUUCCUGCGGUACAGCGACGGCACCCUGCGGCCGGACGAGGCGGAGGACCUGUUCGUGCGCAACAACCUGGGGCCGUUUCUGCAGUUCUUCUUGGCGCUGUUCCUCAACUUGUUUCUGUAUCCGUUCAUAGCGAACCAGUGGGUGCCGUUUUCGGAGUUCUGCGUCCUUUCCUUCUGCCUCAUGUUUUUGACUCUAUUCUCUUUCGGCACCAACGGGAAUCCUUAUCCCGACGUUUUGGCCUUGAUCUCCUUCGGCAUCAACGUGUUGGCGAAGUAUCCGUACGAGAAAGACACGGUGGUCCACCAGGGCUGGCGGUUUUUGGAUUUGCACGUGUCGAAUUAUCCGUCUUACAUCCUCGGGAACGGCAUCGAGUUUUGUUUGAACGCUCGCGUGUUUUUCUCACUUCUGAUACCUGUGAUUUUGUUUGCGAUGGCUCGGAGAAGCGAUUGGCGAGGGGUUCUGAAGUACGCUCUGCCCCAUUGCGUGACCUUGAGCUGGCUGCAAAUGUUCAUAACGUGUUCGCACGGCAGCACGACCUACGGCCUCAUCCGGGGCACGUUGGCGUUGGUGUGCUCGGUCCUGUUUCUGCCCCUCAUGGGAGUAGUGACGGUGACGCUGCCGGUAUUCGCUUUCCUGCAGUAUGUGACGAUAUCCAAGUUGUUCUACACCGUGUCGGUGCUGGUCGGCCUCACGGCGGGCCUGGGCGUGACGUGUCUGUUGGCCAAAUCGGAGUCUACGAAGAAAUUCGUCACACCGUUUCAGCUCGCGGUCGGUCUGGCGACGCUGGUGUACAUGAGCAACCAGUUCCUCGUACAGAUCCAAGAGGACGGGCUGCCCGCGGGGCUGGUAGAGAUACUCGGGGAGAAGGAAAGCAUAAAGAACCUGUUGACGAACGAGUACGGUUCCGACGACGACGACGCCGCGUACCACAUCAGCUGGGAGGAGUACUACCGCCGCUGCCACGCGCCGGCGUGGGCGGCGGCCGGCACGGCGGGCGCGCAGCUGCAGUGCGCGGCGCUGGACGGUGCGCGCGUGCGCUGGGAGGGCCGCGUCAGCGACGUCGUGGUGACGGGCGUGCGCAACGGCUGGAGCCGCCUCGCCGGCUGGCUGCCGCGCGCGCUGGCCGAGCUCGUGCGCUGCUACUACGGCGAGGAGUACUCCACUCUGUGCCGGAGCGCCGAGGGUGCACUGUUGGGCGACUGCGAGUUCGUGGUCGCGGUCGCGCGGCAAAUGGGACGGAGCUGCCAUCUUAAUAAUUUGAAUGAGUACACGUACGAGGUGACGCUGGACAUGCCGGCGGGCGGCGGGCUGCUGGCGCGCGGCGCGCAGGUGGCGCUGGCGCUGGAGCACGCCUUCGGCAACGUGACGCGCCGCCUGCGCGCGCGCGACCGCGUGCGCUUCCGCGGCCUGCUCGCCAACGAGCACGGCUCCUACGACAUCGGCCGCCCGCGGCUCGUCGUGCGCGGCUACGAGCUCACGUGCGUCGACUGCCAGGCCGCCAGAGGCGCCGUGUCGGCCGAGGCGCCGCGCUCGUCCAAACUGUCCGAGCUGUGCAAGACCAUUGUCAACGACUGUGUCGUGUCCGCGAAGUAUAUAUUGAAUUUUAUAUUGAACCCUGUUAUUGUGUUUAAAUAAAUGUGUUUUGGUACUUUUUUGUAGUUUGUAGUAAAUAUUCUAUAUUGGGAAUGUGGUCAGGAGAAAUGUUUGAUUCUGUAUAAUUUGGCUACUUCAAAAUCAAACAUUUGUAACACUCCCGAUGGUCCGCGGGCGCCGGGAGCGGGUAGCGAUCACACAAACAGCAAACAGUGGACGCUACACAUAACUUAUUACGUUACGAGUAAGUGUUGAGAUAUCUCUGAAUAUCAUAACUUGGUAUUAUAAUGUACAAGUAUGCGUAUUAUAGAUUAACUAACUAUUUAAUUAAAUUUUAUAAUAUAAUAUUCGUUGACAGAAUUUGAACAGAAAAAGUUUCAUUUGUUUUAUAAAAUAAGGGUUCCGUUUUUGUACGUACGUUCGGAACCCUAAAAAAACACAAAAUAAAAUUACAAAAUUCUUGGUUGAUGAAAAAAUGUUUGAUCACCUUGACAACAAAUAACUUAACAGAUCGUCGGACUCAUCUAAGAAUUUGAUUUGUUUUGAGCUGCAAGUCACCCGACGCCCGCGGACCAUGGGAGUGUCACCGACGCACUUGCCAAACUAUAACCCUGUGCACGCCACAGUGUGACAGGUACUUUGUAUAAACUAAAGGAAAGCAUUGUGUAAUUAAUAAUUAUUAUUACAUGGACCUUAUUUCACCAAUUUCAAUAUCGUAAUGUAUCUCACUACGCACGCGUGCCGUAAUGUAUUAUAAAACCUUUAUCAUCCGUCUAAAAAUUAACGGUACUAUUUUAAAUCUUAGCAAAGAGAUUUUAUGUCAGAAAAGUGCUCAACAUUUUAUGAACAAAAUUAUCUUUGUGAGAUAAAAUAUAAUAAAUAAACAUUUAUUUCUUUCAUUUUAAUAAUUUUGACAAUUAAUGACAACCAUUUAUAAUUAACAGAAACACAAAUAUUGAAUUUACUAUAUGAUUAAUACUGGCUGUUUUUGGUGCAUUUGCGUAAAAUAAACCCAAUAGUGUGCGCCUUUCGCUAUCUGUGCAAAAAUGACAAGCGUAUUUAAAUGUCAACUUAGGGAAAAUAAGCAAAAAUGUAAAUUAAUUUUCAGAAAGUGUGUCCAAAGUGUGUUUCCUCACAAAUGUGUUAUAAAACGUCGUAUGACAUACGUGCGCUUUGAUAAUUACAGCUUCUGCUUCCUUACUAUAGCUCUCUCCUUCGGCUCGAGCUGCAAUAUCGCCUCGGCUGUAAUUUUCAACUUACCGCACUUAUAUCAUAAUGUACCUAUCGGAAUCUACGAGAUACAUUGUUGAUAUUUUGUUGCUUUGCUGAUACUUUAAGUUUACACACACACUAAUGCAUGUCUGUACAUUGUACUAUCACGACCGCAGUCAAACCGUCUUCCCAAAAUAUAAUAUCUAUAAAACAAGACAGAUGGUUCCUAUCGACGUCACCAUUAAAAAAAACUAAGCGUCUACCUAUACCUUUAUUAUUUCACUUUAUAAAAAAAAACGAAAUAUAUUAUAGCAACACAAAUUAUUAUGAUUUUUGAUACCUACAUUUCAAAGUAUAAUUUUUGUUUUUCUAAGUCACGAUUGUAAUUACUUUUUUUAAAGCAUAACAUUUUUAAAUAAAUAUUAUGGUUAAACUCUCAGAUGUAACAUACAGGAUCAUCAAAUUAUUAAAUGUUAUUUUCUUAUUGUGAAUUAAACUCAUACGGCCAUAGUUUAUAAACGCAUUAAGAUUCAAACGUCAAUUUUCUUUAAAGUAAAGUGGAUUUAAUCACAACUAAUUAAAGUUCAUUUUAUUCAACAUGGAUUAAAAUCAUCUAAAUUUUUGUAUAAAUAUGGUCGAUACAGAAUAAAGGAUUAGUAUGAAUGGAAUGGAUGAGCCUCAUUAUAGAAAUUUAAUUUUGUAAAUAAAAUUUAUCUAAGUAAUGAAAAUAUAUGUGUACCUACACUUACCUAUUAAAUCAAGUGAUGUAUUGAUGUAUUUUUCAUAUUUGUUAUUUUUUAAGUAAAUUAAGAUUUAGAAUAUUGUUUUUUUUUUUCUAAAAUAUACCUUUUGAGUGUGAAAUUAUAAAAUGGAUUGGCAAUAUAAUAAUGUAAUUUUGCAAUGUAUAAAUGUGAAAUUAACGCUCCACUUGAAAAUCUUUCGCGAAAGCUAUUUAUGGACAUAAUACUUGACAACCCAAAAAAGUAAUUGUCAACUUUUUUCCACUGUUUAGAAAAUUAUAGAGUUUAGUUUAAAACUGAUAAUAUAUGUUUCAGGAGCCGAAUUAUCUAAAAAAAUAAACAGUCACAAUUAUAUUUUUACUAGACGUGAUAACAAUUGAAAUGACAAUUUAUUUAGGAUUUCUAAAGUUAAUGAUCAUUCAAAUAAUAGUAUCGUUAAACGUAUUAUUAGAUGUAUUUUGUUAUAUUAAAUUAUUGUGAACUAGUAAUUAUUAAUCUAAAUAUAAGGGAUACAAAAUUUGAAUAGAAAUGUCCUAGCGCUACAAGUUACAACUGUCGCUUGUCAAAGCCAACGCUGACAGAUAAAACAAAAUGGCGGACCGAUUAAUUAUUUCCUAUCAUUCCUAUUCUUAUUUUGAUCACGUUUUAUGUUUAUAGUAAUGUGUAUGAAAUUGUGAAAAUAAAGUUGUUUAUUAAAUUGUGACAAUUUAGUUUAUGUAUGUCGUGUAUUUGAAUCAAAAUAUAUUUUGAUUGGAA